AUGUCGCUUGCUAAAAUACCUGUCAUCUGCAUCUUGACAUUUACUUACAAUGCUAUGUUCACGGCUCCAAACCCGGCUCCUGCGAAGGAAGAUAUGGUGGCCACUGCCAAAGUUGACUGGGUAUCAGGCAGAAAUUUUAUACUCCAGAUGUCAAGACUUGGACAGACUCUUCUCGGUGCCGUUGAGAUCAUCUCCAUAAUUACCAAUGCAUAUCCCUCGUCGUCUCUGUCGCAGAAGAUACUAUACCUCUGUUAUUUCCAAGAAAAGGAUCCCGGACGCCUCCAACUCCACCCAUUAAGCUAUCUCGCCGCAUUUUUCUGGGUAUGCGGAUAUUUGAUGAGGAUGCGCACCUACCAGGAUCUAGGCCGUUUCUUCCGUUUUGACAUCAGUAUUCAGAAAGACCAUGAACUCGUAACAACAGGUCUUUACGCCUAUGUUCGACAUCCUAGCUACAGUGGUAUCAUCCUAGCCGACCUCGGUUGGGGCUUAUGGUACGGGACAAAAGGAUCCUGGAUUAGGGAGUCUGCAUUUCUGGACUCGGUGGGAGGAACCAUUACGUUAGCCACGUUCAUCAUACUAUUUAUGCUUCCUGGUCCCGCCUUCACACUCUCAAGAAUGUCGAACGAGGAUAAGGCAUUGAGGAGUAAAUUUGGAAAGAAAUGGGAUGCAUGGGCAAGCAAAGUGCCUUAUCGGCUGAUACCCGGAAUUUAUUAA